AUGGCGGCAGAAGGAGCAGAAGAAUUUAGCAGCAGUGGGGCUUUUACAAACCCCUCAGGGUUUGAAGCUCCCACAGUCACAGACUUCUCCCAGUCAAAUUUAGGAGGGGUUUCUGAGGACAGCAGUGGAGCAAAUAUGGCAGAUAUUUCAGCAGCCUACACUGCACCGUCAGCAUCAGGAGAGGAUGCAGGAGAAACACCAGUGGAUUUUAACAGGUUAUGGAAGAUGGUGACUGACAACCCUCAGGACUUCAACAGCUGGACUGAUUUAUUACAGUGCUGUGAACAAGAGGGGAAUUUGACAUCAUCUCGCCAGGCUCUAAAUGCAUUUCUGGCAAGAUACCCACUCUGCUAUGGAUACUGGAAAAAAUUUGCAGAUCUGGAGAGGCGAGCUGGCUAUAACGACAAAGCUGAGGAGGUGUGUGUUCAGGGACUCAAGGCUAUACCUCUAAGUGUGGAUCUGUGGAUUCAUUACAUAAACCUCCUGCUUGGUACACUCAACAUGAACCAGCCUGAGUCCAUACAGCGUAUUCGCAGUAUAUUUGAAGACGCUGUGGUGGCAGUAGGCUGCGACUGGCACUCAGACCGUCUUUGGGAUCUGUUUGCUGAGUGGGAAAAGGAACAGGGAGACCUGAAGGCCAUAACUGCGGUUUAUGACCGUGUAAUGCAAGUGCCCACUCAGCUCUACAACACCCACUAUGAAAAGCUGAAGACUCAUUUAAAGUCACAUGCACUCCAGGAUUUGCUUAACCCUGAGGAAUAUAAAAAACUCCAGGCUGAAUACAUGGCCAUUGAGACUCAGGCCAAGAAAGAGGAAUCUGAGCCUGCAUCUGCUGAGAAAAAUGAAAGCCUGCCCGGGGAGGAAGAUUCUUCAGGCAGCGGCAAAUAUUCUGAGGAGGCAGUGGAUAAGAUGCAGGAGCUGGUUUUAGCCAGCAGAGAGAUACAGUACCAGCAAAAUGAGGCUGAAGUCAGGAAGAGAUGGAGCUAUGAGGAUGCUAUUAAAAGGCCGUAUUUCCACGUGAAGCUCUUGGAUAGAGCUCAGCUGAACGCUUGGCACAGUUAUUUGGAUUGGGAGAUAGCUGAAGCUGAAGCAGCACUAAGAGUUACUGAGGGGACAUCUGUAGAAGGCCAAGAGGGUUCAGAGUUUAAAGGAACCAUCGCUAGCCAUAAAAGAGUGAUGAUUUUGUUUGAGCGCUGCCUUAUUGCCUGUGCACUCUAUGAGGAGUUCUGGGAUAAGUACGUUCGAUACCUAGAGCCACAUAGUCUGGAGGAAACGCGUGGCUUGUAUCAGCGAGCUUGUGAAAUCCACUUGCCGUACAAACACAGUUUUCACAUGCAGUGGGCCAUGUUUGAAGAGAGACAAGGUAACAUUUUAGAAGCCCAACGCAUUUUAGAAGCUUUAGAGAAGACCAUGCCCGGGUUGGCUAUGGUCCGAAUGCGGAGGGUAGGACUAGAGAGGAGGAUGGGUCAUCUGGAUACGGCUGAAUCGCUGCUAAAGGAGUCAGUGGAGGAGAAUAAAGACAAGCCAUACCUUCAUGCCUUUUUCUCCAUCAAACUAGCCCGUUUCCUGUUCAAGUUACGCAAGAACCCAUCACAUGCCCGAUCUGUUCUACAGGAGGCUAUUGAAAUUAGUUUGGACAACAGUAAACUGUACAUGAAUCUGCUGGAGCUCGAGCUGUCGGGGGACCUGCAGCUCAAUGGAGGAGGAGUUCAGCAGUGUGUGAGCAAAGCCUUAUCUGCACCGAUUUCAUCAGAGAGCAAAAUCCUUUUUUCUCGAAUAGGCCUGCAGUUUGCUGAAGAUUUCGGGACUUCUGUGCAAAGUUUAUUGAGUAUCUAUAAAGAACACCAAAAGCUUCUAAGUGACCUUGGUGGAAGAAAGCGAGGAGCAGAGAAUGGUGAUAAUGAUGAUCCAGAAAAAAUGAGUAAGGUUGAUGAUGGCUCUGGCACGACGGCCUCUUUACAUGAUGUGCCACCUACUAUGCCCCCUCCUCCUCCUCCAGUGGCGGGUGCAGAUAUGAGUGCAUAUGGAAACUACAGCUCUUGGUAUCAGCAGCAGUAUGGUGGAUAUGGUGCCUACAACUCCUGGAAUCAGUACAAUCAAUACUACCCUUCCAGCUAGAUCAAAGGGGUCAGUGUUGUAAAAUGCAUCAUUUUUAAUUAAUAUGCACAUAACCCUCCAACGGCAAGGUCUCAGUAGGCCACGGUCAGACGUCAAACACUUAUGACAGUGUUAUUUUAAACAUGAACACAUUGCUGAAAGGAGAUCACAUCAGCUUACUGUUUUGAUGGAUGUCACUUUUAGUUCUGGGUCUUCUACGUACAUACAUGUACUGUGAUGAUUGUUACAGCCACAGGUGUACUAGGUGUACCUCAUUUUUAAACCCAUUUGUUUGUAAAUUUUAAAGUGUUUUCUAAGGAUAUUUUUUUUUUAUGUAGCAGUAAACUACAGCAUAUUUAUCCACAACUCUCAUCAUGAAGCCAUUCCACAAGUGACUAAGCUUAAUACAUUUUAUGUAAUUAAUAAUGCUAAGUGUGUUUACAUGCACACUGUCAAUCCAAUUAUUUUAGUAUUUCUGUACUGAACUAACAAGUCAAGUGCACAUAGACAGCAUACUUUGACAUCUAAAAUAUUUCACAUUUGUGCAUUUGCUGAAUCACUGCAGAAAGAAAUUCCACACACAAAUUUUUUUAAUCUUACUACAGUAACAUACUGUUUAGACCAGCAUGAUGUGGUCUUGGCACAUUAUUUUCAUGUUUUACCACGUCUUUAUGCUAGUUAAUGUUCUGGUAAGUCCAGGUUCCCCAGAAUCACUGGGCACAAUGCAGUAACACACCCCAGACAGUACACCACAAUUCAUCACAACCCCCAAGACAUAGCCAGACACCAUGUCUGCAUAAUUUAAUGCUGUGAUAUUAAUUAUUAAAAUGUGUCGUUUAUCAGAACAAGUGGCUACUCGGCUGUUAAAAUGGCUAAAUUCUUAUAAGCUAGUUAAACAUUAAUAGUGUUGCUAGUAAAUGCGUCUAAACAAAAAGUGUGACUGUUGUGUUCAAUUUCAAUAUUUUAAAAGUGUGUAAGAAGAUGAUUGUGUAAUUGAUUGUUGUGGGUAUGUGAUUGUUCUAAUACAUGUAAAACUCACUCACCAUGUAUCAGCUUGACCCCUGUGUUAACUUGAAAAUGUCUGACCCUGGUAGAGUCACCACCAUUAUCAUGUUUAAAUAAUAAUGAGGUUAAACACAGGCUUUGGAUCCUUUAAUGCAGUACAGAGACAAGUGAAUAUGCAUUUAUUCAUUUAUUUAACAGAGUAAACAAAAUGCAAACGAUUGUUUUGUGUGUAUGAUGUGUGGGUCACAUAAGCUGUUUAAUAAUUGACUGGGAUUAACUUAUCAGAUUUUAGAAUACAGGGUGCAUCUCCGUGGUUUUAUAUUUGUACAGUGUUUUUUUACUCACACUUGAUUUUUGGGUGGUUGUUUUUAUUUUUAAAUAAAGAAGUGUAUUUAACAGUC